CGCACCCGCAGCAGCUCCCGCCGCUCCUCUCCGCCAUGUCCGCUGAACCGGCCCCGACUGCCGCCCCCGCCGCCCCCGAGCAGGACCCCGGACCCGAGCCGCCGGCGGGCGGCGGGGAGGCGGCCGAGCACCGGGCGCUGGUGCUAACGGGCUUCGGCGGCUACGACAAAGUGAAGGUGCAGGCGCGGCGCGGCGGCGGCCCCGGGCCCGGCGAGGUCUCGGUGCGUGUCCGUGCCUGCGGCCUCAACUUCGCCGAUCUGAUGGCGCGGCAGGGCCUGUACGACCGGCUGCCGCCGCCGCCCAUCUGCCCCGGCAUGGAGUGCGCCGGCACCGUCCGCGCCCUCGGCGACGGCGUCGGCGACCGACAGGUUGGUGAUAAGGUGAUGGUCCUAGCUAGGUCAGGGCUCUGGCAAGAAGUGGUGAAUGUGCCUGCCAGUCAGACUUUCCUGAUGCCUGAGGGAAUGAGCUUUGAGGAAGCUGCUGCUCUUCUUGUCAACUACAUCACUGCCUACAUGAUCCUGUUUGACUUUGGAAACCUGAGACCCAACCAAAGUGUCCUCAUCCACAUGGCUGCAGGUGGUGUGGGAACUGCUGCCAUCCAGCUGUGCAAGACUGUAGAAAACGUCACCAUUUUUGGCACAGCAUCUGCCUCCAAGCACGAGUCUCUCAAGGAGAGUGGAGUCACUCACCCCAUUGACUACAGAACGACAGACUAUGCAGAAGAGGUCCGAAAAAUCUCUCCCAAAGGUGUUGACAUUGUCCUGGACCCCCUGGGAGGAUCUGAUACAUCCAAAGCAUUUAACCUGUUGAAGCCCAUGGGCAAACUCAUCACUUAUGGGGUAGCAAACCUGCUCACUGGGCAGAAGAAGAACCUCAUGGCUAUGGCUAAAACCUGGUGGAACCAGUUCAGCAUCAGUGCCUUGCAGCUCCUACACCAGAACAAGGCUGUGUGUGGCUACCACCUUGGAUAUUUGGAUGAAGAAGUUGAGCUUGUCAGAGGUGUUGUAGCCAAGCUGGUUAACUUGUACAGUCAAGGCAAAAUCAAGCCCAAGAUAGACUCUGUAUGGCCCUUUGAUCAGGUGGCAGAUGCCAUGAGGCAGAUGCAGGAGAAGAAGAAUGUUGGGAAGGUCAUUCUGGUUCCUGAAGCACCCAAGGAAGAAUCCAAAAAAGAAGAGAACUAAGGGGAAGAGAUGUGUGCAGAUUAUGAAUUCAUGGUUUAACUCCCUGAUCUUUGGGACCUGGACAUGGACAGAUCAGUAGCUUCCAUCUUCACCAGUACAACAUCGUGGUUAAAGUUAAGAUGAGGUUUGCAUGCUCUUGUUGUGACUGACCCUUUGCCAGAUAUGCCUCCUGCCCUAGCUCUCUCUUUUGAAGCCUGUUUAUUUCCUACAUUUUUUCAUCACUUAUUUCUCUACUAGAUUUCCAAAAACUGACCAUAUUUUUCUCUGGCAAUGCAGCUGAAGCUUCCAGGCAGUUGGUGAUUAACAACUGCAGAGCCUUUCACUGUAAAGUCAAGAUCUAACAUACUGUAGCAGCUGCCAUGCAUCUCCACAGAAACUGAGCCCUGCUGAAGCAUUUGUGCUGCCACCUUUGAGAAGCUUGUUCAACUUAAUGGGCCAAACUUAGGAUGUUUCCUCAAGAGCCAGAGGAAAAGCAUGGCUGGCCAGUUUAAUUCUUCAGUUUACACUAACCAUGCUCUUUCCUCUUGGCGUCAUAGGCCUCCAGUCCGAUAGUAACAGGCCAUGCUGUCUUUGCUUUGUAAAUAACCAUCCUGGCAUUUCGGAGUCUAUGGCAUUUUGCACUUAAUUUGCAGUCACUUCUCUGUGCAGUUGGCAAAUAACCUGACAGGCUGGUCUGGUCUGUGUCUGAAUGCAGAAAGGAAGUUUCAAUUAAGUAACUUGAUCUUGUCCAUUUUCUGAUUCCAAACUAUAUAGGGAGAUCUAAACUGUGUCUGAUUUCUAGAGACCCUAAGGAAUUGACUGUCUCUCAAAUGACUGGAACAAUUGAUGUUGCCUCUGUGCUUUAUUAAUGCUGGGCUACAAGUUGGUAUUGUUAAAGAUAAACUUCACCCUCGUGUUUGUAUUUCCAAGGGCUGCAGCACUGAAUUAGACUUCAGCAAGGUGGGAACAAAAUAAGCCCCUGUUAAUGCUUGCUUUAGGCUGUGCCCUGCAUGCUGGGAAGGUGUUUGUGAUUUGGCAAGUAACUUGCAAGAACCAAUCUCAAAAACCUGCUUCCUGGGAGCCCAGGCUGGCCUGUCCUGCAGCACACCAUGCUGUAAAGCUGUCACCAGGUUGUCAGUGUUGAUGGUAAACUGCCCAGGUCUUUGUCAAGCCUCUUGGCCUGAGCAUCUUGAGCAGUUUAAAUUGUGCUUUCUAUUCUCUUCUAGCUAGCUUGUUAGAAAUCAGCUCAAAACAGCUCUCACCUGGUGGUUUAGUGCUGCAGUAGGGCUUCAGGACUCUUACCCUGAAACUUCAAGCCUUGGGACCCUUGGACUCUCUUCCAGCCCUGAGAGUUUAGGAACUGCUUGGGGUACUACUCGCAGACCAAAACUUGGACUCUCUUCCUCUUCUGUGCAUUUGGAAACAUAGCUGUGCAGAGACCAAGCCUAGUUUUGUGACCACUCGAUGUCCUGGGUGGUGCCCCCAUUCCUGCUGGACCCUGUUUUCAGCUCUCAGUGACUGUGAUGUUCUUUGUGCUUGCUUUGAGGUUUUGUCAUGGACUGUACUGUGAGCUUCUAGGCUUUGUUCUGGAUUUGAAAUUUUAGAAAAUUUGAAUUUGAGGGUGCUGAGAGGCUGCUGCCCAUCAUGGAGGAUUUCAGGCUGCAGAAGCAAAACCUGUCUGCUAGGAUUCCUGCAUCACCAAACCCCAAGGAGGUGCCAGUGGGGCCAAGGGCCCUGGGUGCAAAGUCCCUUGGGAGCAGCCAAGUGCUGUGCAGGGUUGAGGGGGCUCCUGUGCAGGGCAGGAAGGGGGUCUUUCCCAGCCAGUUUGGCCCUCCAAGCAGGGCUCCUGUCUGCCAGGACACCUUGUACUUCAGGUGCUUGGGCUAUUUCUGCUGCCUUUUAGAAACACCUAAGCACAGCUUCUAGGGGGCUUGCCCUGGGUAACUUUUAAGACGUAACCCAACCCUGUUCCCUACAAACUCUGAGGUGGGCUGGAGCCCUAUCACAGAUCCUUGUCUGUGCAUCUCUCACAGUUGAUACGUGAACUUCAGGAACAUGGUCUGAUGAAACUCACAAGCACAACUUUUAACCUUUCUGAAUCCAAAAUCUUGCUGAUGCUUCUUCAAGCCUUCCCUGUCAUGCUAAUUUAGAUUAAAUCCAACAGUGUCUAAUGCUGCUUUGCCAGAUCUGACAACAGGACUGUCUAAAUUACUGAAAUGGGAAGUCUGGACCUGUUCCUCUGAGAAACUGGACUUCACCUUGAUGAAAGAGCAGCAUGCUGAAAUGGCACACACUUGUAAAGGGGAAAAAUACAAAAUUGUGUCUCACAGUAACAUCCUCUCCCUGCUUUGCUCUGGGGUGAGUGUGUGCCCAGUGCCUUACCUGGCCGGGGUGGCAGCGCAGCAAGGCGCUCCCAGCCUGUCCCUGCCGAAGCCACCAGGAAGAAAGUGGAAGAACUGCAGAUUCCCAUAGGACACGCCUGACAUGCUGCCCUUCUGACGUGCCACAGAAAACAGUAUCUCAGUGCCUUCUUCUACAUGCCUGUAAGGACUAGGAAGUCACUGGAGCCUUUUCCAUUCUGGCCUUUCAUAGUAUUGCCAAAAACCUGUUAGGACUCUUGCUAGCUCUGUUUCGUGAACACUGGUGAUGUAGUCAGACUUAUAGCGAAUAAGACACUCCUUUUCCAUGUAUUGCAGCCUUUCCAGGGCCAUCCUGGUGGUUUUUUGCUCCCCAGUCCAGAGAGCUAUUGUAGAGCCCUUGUCUCCGCCAGGGCAGCAGCCUGGCUCCAGCCACUCCUCGAGUGAAGCGUUAUCUGCUGCCCCAGCCUUGGCUCUCAGGAAACAAUCCUGGCACCCUCACUCUCUGAGCUGCUCAUGUAUCUGCUGACUACAAAUUCCUCCAGUCCUUAUCAGGGCAAGAGUGCUCGGCAGUUACUCUGUGUUAGUGUUUACGGUUCAAUGGCCCUUGGUAGCAACAAUGUUUUCUGCAGAAAGACCAAGAUCAAGGGUAACCUUGUUUCUCACUGCCUCACUGAUCAAUGCUCUACUCUAGGUGAUUGUGGUUGGUUGUUUCUGGGUUUGUUUUGUUGUGGUUUUGGUGUUUUUACGUGUUUUUUUUUUUAACAGACAAAUAUUUUAUGGGCCAAUAAGUAUAGAACCUAUAUAAAACAACUUCAAGUGUCUUAACUUAUUAAAGUUAACCAGCAGGUUUGUAUACUAAGGACCAAAGCAAAAAAAAACCAAACAAACAACAAACAAACCCCCUAGGAUACAAAUAAUUCCACUCAAUGUUGCCUAACUGUUCAGGUCAAGGUCGUGCUAUUGAAGAAAUGGGCAGUGUCUUUGCUUAAAUUGCAUGUGCCAUUCCAGUUACCAGAAGUGCAGUUAUUUUACUGAUUGUCUGACCCAGAGUUUGUGCCAUGAGGAGUCCAAGUGGAAAGUGUGAGUAAGGAGCUGGUGAGCAGGGGAAAUGCAUCCCCAGCCCUGCCUGCUGCUGUGGGGGGGGCCCAUGCCCAUGCUGGGCGUGAGUAGCCUGUGCCACUUCUGCAUCAACAGUGCAGUUGCCUUCCCAGACUAGUACUGCUGUUCUUGGACAAAAUGCAACUCCGUUGCUAUCACCAGGCAGCUUUUGUCUCAUUUUUAGCUGUUUUCUCUCAAGCUCACUCAUGUUGCACACUGACUGCAGAAGGGGGAAUGGGAGGAGGCAGCCCUGGUGUGCGCAGAGGAACAUGACCCUGCCAAGUGCUGCAAGAUGGGGAAGGAGUUAGCUCUAUGUUUCACUUUGGACAUCUGUAUUAAACUAGAAAUUACCAAGGAGAAGAAGCAUUGUGGGCCUCAUGCUUUAUUUGAUGCAGGAUUCUGGCCCACUUACAGCUGCUAUCAUAGGUGUAAAAACCACUCUUGCUGCCUAAUGAAGUUUCUUGUGGGCUAAGCCCUGCUGAUGGCAAAGUGUGACUGGCGAAUUGCACGUGAAUGUGAGGGGCAUUAGACUCUGAGCCUCUUGCAACAUAUGGUCUGGUCUGUACUGCCUGAGCUGUAUUGAUUUGCAGAUGUGUGAUAUGAGUGAUACUCAUCCUACAGCCACAUGGAAAAUGUUUGUUUAAAAAUAUAUAUUCUGCUUCAUGCGUGUAACCAAGUUGGACAGAAAGCAAGUGUGCCAAUGCUGUUUACAUGACUAUAAUGUGUAAUGCUCCUUUGUCUAAUGUUACCAUAUGCCUUAUGUGUUUCAAAUGUUAAUUAAAAGCAUAACAAACCCUCA